GUCACCAUUCACCCUUCAUUGGUAGCACACUCAACGAGGUAGCACCAGCAGCACUGCCCUCAUCUCAACCAUUGUCACUCUUCACUUCCGAGAGCAUCACAAGGGUGAAGACUGCGAUGUCCCUCUUCCACUCCCAGCGUCGGGCUGAGGUACAGGAACAAGUCUCGCAACCCCACCCGUCUUCCUCCGAGGUACCCAUUCUUCCGCCCCAACGUCGCCCACUAGCGCGAUCGCAUCGACACGGUCUCAUAUGGUCGCAGCAAUCGCGGCUCUCGAACCAUGCGGGCGAGGUCAGAGAGGACGACGGUUCAACAGCUAGCACGUCUGCCGCGAGCACUCAUCCCCUCGCAAGAGCGAUCACCACUCUCACCCCUCCGGCCUCCUCUUCUUCCCUCUCCCCACUUCGGCGAACUCGCUUCUACCACCGCGGACGCUCAAUAUCCAUUCACUCGCCCAAUGAAGAGGACGAUGACCACGCAGGGACCUCGUCUCCCCACUUUCCCUCCUUUGCCGCCCACACGUCCCUCCCAUCUUCAGCAACAGACAAGAACUCUGCCCUCGCCAGAGCAUUGGAUAUUCAGCGAGGGACUACAGACUUUGAUGGAAAAGAGGCAAUUGACUCCUCCCUAAGAGAGCGGUCCGAUAUAGAACAGAGAGUCAAACAAGCUAGAGUGGAGGAGUCGGGAGGUGAUGGCCACGAAGACGGAGAAGACGACGAGCCGGAAGAGUCGGCUGUGAGCGGAGCAUACCUGAUAUCGUACUUUGUCGCUGGUGGAGCUGCGGGAGCUGCCAGUAGGACUGUUGUCUCACCGCUGGAGAGACUCAAGAUCAUUAUGCAAGUGCAGCCUUCGUCUGCGGGGAAAGGCAAAGCAGCGUACAAUGGCGUCAUCUCCGGUCUCGUGAAGAUGUGGCAAGAAGAAGGUUUUGCCGGGUACAUGCGGGGCAACGGCAUCAACUGCCUCCGCAUCGUCCCCUAUUCCGCCGUCCAAUUCUGCACGUACGAAAUCGCAAAGGACAAGCUUAGCCAUGGUGGAGAAGGGGAGAUGACGACGGCCAAGCGACUCCUCGCGGGAGCCAUGGCAGGGACUGCGAGUUGUGUGGCCACUUUCCCGCUGGACUUGGUCAGGGCACGAAUCAGUAUCGCCAGCGCAUCCCUCUACGCAGAUGCCAAGGCCGAGGUGCUGAACAACAACAAUGCCAGUGGGCCCGAUGCCGGCGGCAAAUCCUCUGCCGCUGCCGCUGCCCCUCCACCUCCCGCUGCUCCUCCGAAGCUCUCGAGAUCAGAGAUGCGAGCGGUCAUCGCCGAACGGCAAAAGCGCGUACCGGGGAUUUGGGCCAUGACCGCCAAGGUGUACCGCGAAGAAGGUGGAAUCCGCGGUCUGUAUCGUGGCUGUAUCCCCACAGCAGCGGGAGUAGCCCCGUACGUGGCUAUCAACUUUGCAGCGUACGAAGCGAUGCGGAAGUACGUCGUCGAGUCGUCGCUCUCCGAGGGACGUGAUGGUGAGAUUGGCACCGGUGGGAAGCUCCUAUGUGGUGCGCUGGCGGGGAGUAUCAGUCAGUCAGUGACGUUCCCGCUGGACGUAUUGAGGCGGCGAAUGCAAGUUGCAGGGAUGAAAGACUCGAAGCUUGGAUAUAGCGAUAAGAGUGCGAUUGACGCCAUCCGCAACAUUCUCCGCGCCGACGGGUUCCUAGGCCUCUAUAGGGGUCUCUGGCCCAACUUGCUGAAAGUAGCACCCAGUAUCGGCACCAGUUUUCUCGUUUAUGAGACUGUGCAGACUUGGGUGCAUCCGCAUAAGCAUCACCCUCAUGGACAUGGCAAUGGGAAUGGACAUAAUGGGCAUGGGCAUGACAGUGGAGAUGGGGAGGCAGAGGGAGAGGGAGAUGCAAAGGUUGAGAAGUGAAGAGAUUGUGCGAAAAGACAAUAGAGAAGGGAGAGGUAGAGAGAGAGGGCGAAACUGGUUUGCUGCCAGGCUUACCAUACCCGCUUCACAAGCAUCAGCAUCAUCAUAGAAAUAGAAUGCAUCGUCACAAGCACCAAAGA